AUGCCAUUCAUGUUCUGCCAUAUGAACAACGUCUGCCACGUUGUCAGCCGUAAUGACUGCUCUUUCUGGCUUUCAAUUGAUGAACCAAUGACUACAAUGAUGAAUCCAGUCACCGGAUCAGCAAUUCGUCCAUACAUUUCUCAUUGUGCUGUCUGUGAAUUUCCAACUGCUCCUGGGUAUCCUGGUGUUGCUGGGAGUCCUGGAAGUCCAGGGUUCACCCUGGAAUCAUGA